AUGAGUGCGGAGGUCGAGCUGUUCACCACGUCCAUCCUGGGCAACCCGGUGACCAGGAGUCGGCAUGACCGCUAUAUUUCCGUGCUCAGCGCACAUAGAAUCCCGUUCGUCUACCACGACCUAGCGUCGGACGACGAGGCGAAACGCCGCUGGCGCCGCAAGGCACGCGACCCACGCAUCCCGGGCCUGCUCGUGCGCAACGAGUGGGUGGGUACGUUUGAAGAGUUUGAAGAGGCGGUCGAAUUUGGCGAGCUGCGCCAGUUUUUGGGAUACGAUGCGCCGGCGCAGCCGCAGCGUACGGUGCCUGCACAGCCGCCGCCGAGCACGUCGCGCCUGCCGCCUGCGCCGACACUCAUGGCGACUCCCGCCGCUCCGGGACAGGGCGCGCGGCCGGACGGCGGCGCGGACGAGAUGCUCGCACAGCUUCUUCCGCAGGGUGCCGAAAUUACCGACGCCGACGUCGACGCACUCCUCAAGGAGCUCGAGAAACCACUAAAACGCACUCCGCGGCGCACCUAUACUCCAUCGAGCCGCGCAGCACCGCCGCCGAUGCCGAUGCCGCCGAGCCACGGCACACCCGCUCCGGACCGUGCACGGUACGAUCCAGGCUCCCGCAACUUGGUCGAAGAGGCGGCGCGUGCGAUCGGCGUCGAGCCCAAGCCGCGCCCGCCAGUGCCGCGCAUGACGCUCAACCGCCGCCCUUUGCAAGAGGUACUCGAGGAGCGGCGCAGUCGCCAGGCAAAGACCGAGCAGCAGCGCCGCAACGACGAACUGUUUGCGAGCCUGGGGCUGUCGGACGUGCAGAUCAAUGACGCUGACGCGGACGAGUUCCUCAACAAGGGGACAAUCCCGCAGUUGCAGCACUCGGGACGUGCGCCCGAGCAGGAGGCCAUGGCGGCUCCGACGAGCACCGGCGCCGCUCCGGAAACACUGGCAGUGGCAGAGCCGGUCGCCGAAACGGAGCGUGCGAACGAGGCAGGCGCUGCGAGCGAGGCUGGUGCAGGAAACGAGGGCCCCGUUGAAGGUGCGAGCACAGUAUCGCUCGCCACGUCAGAGGACAAGGAAUCGCCAAAGGACGCUGCAGACGUGUCGGGUGCCAAGGUGGGCGACAAGAACGCAACAGACAGCGAGGAACCUCGGGAGCAAGAGCUUGGCGACGAGCCCUCCGCGAGCAAGACGCUCGAGCAGCCUCUGGACGACAAGCUGGCUGAUAGCGAGACUGGCCUGAACGACAAGCUCGCCGUUCAAGACCCAACUGCGACCAAGUCCCUGGAUGAGUCGGCGCAGUUGCUGGCCGAAACGUCGCCCGAGGUGCCCGUUACUGACAAGGCCCUUGACGACCCUCUCGCCGGAAAGGCACCAAUGGGCAAGGCCUUGGACGAGCCUCUUGCCGACAAGGACGCCCUUGACAAGACUGCAAAGGAGCCACUCGCUGACGAGCACUUGAAAGAGCCACUCACUGAAGAAGCUGUCGAAAAGACGCCCGACGAGCCGCUUGCAAAUAAGGCUCUCGACGACUCUACAGAGAAACCGCUAGACGAGUCUCCUGCCGACAAGUCCCUCAAGCAGCCUGCUGCUGCGACAUCCCUUGCCAAGUCUCUCGACGAGUCUCUUACGGACAAGCCACGGGAAAAGCCACUGGAAGAGUCACUUGCAGACAAGGUGGCUGCUACGGACGAGACGCCGUCUAGCGGCGCGCUCGAGAAGACCCUGGGAGAGUCGCUUGCCGAGAAUGAGCCCCUUGACAAGUCGCUGGAGGAGCCGCUUGCCGACAAGUCGAUCUCGAGUGAAAAGGCACUUGAUGAGCCUCUUGCCAAAGAGCCUCUUUCCAAGUCCCUGGAGGAGCCGCUUGAUGACAAGGCACUAGAGUCCGAAAGCAUCCUCGAGGAACCCCUUGCCGACAAGUCUCUGAGCAAGUCUUUGGAGGAGCCCCUUUCCAACAAGCCCCGUGACGAAUCGCCCAAAGAGCGUUUGGCUGACAAGCCUCUUGACGAACCGUUCGACAAGACCUUUGCUAGUAAGCCGCUUGACAAGUCGCUCAAAGAUCUGCUUGAGGACAAGCCGCUGGAAUCGUCUUCCAAGCAGCCUCUGGAUGACAAGCUGCUUGAAAAGUCUCUGAAUGAGCCUUUGGCAGGAAGUGAGUCUGCUGCGGACAAGGGGCCGGUGGACGUCUUGGCCAGCAAGGAAUCUCUCAACAACAAGCCGCUGAAAAAGUCGAUGGAGGAGCCUCUAGCGGCCGACAACGAUGCCCUUGAGCAGCCGCCAGCCAGCAAGUCGCUUGAGGAGCCACAUGCCGUCGACAAGGACACCCUUGAGCAGUCGUCGAUGGACAAGUCACUCCCACAGCCCCUCGACGAGCCUCUUGCGAACAAGUCUCUUGAGCAGUCGUUCGCUACCGAGCCUCUUGAGCCUCGUAAGGACGAGUCGCUUAGCAAAUCCUUGGAAGAACCCCUGGGUGAGUCCUUCGGGAAUGAUUCUCUCUUGGAACAGCCUCUGUCCGACAAGGAAGCGCUUGGUACGGGCCUUUCUGCUGAAAAGGAUGCACCCUUGGAGUCGAGCAAGGACACGGCGCCGUUCACUGUAAAUGAGCCUGUUCAGGAGCCUCGUGUUGCCCAAGACAUUCCAGAGGAGCCAAUGGCUGCAAAGGAAUCUCCCGAAAUGCUACUUGCAGACAAAGAGACGCUUGCGGCGAAUGAGGCAACUGAAGCCCGUGCAAGCAAGGAUGAACUUGCGCCCCAGACGUCUGGCCUGGAAGAGCCACUUGCAGGAAAUGAGGCGGAUGCGGCAAAGGAUUCGCCCCUCACGGAACCUGUUGCCGCCAAGGAUGUACCGCGUGACGAAAAGGAUCUUGAUAAACCUAAGGGAUCUACAAUGUCAGCCGAUGAUCAAGAGGCACUUGCGUACCAGCAGGCUGUUGCCAAGGCUUUGGCAGAAAUGCAGAGCGCUGGAAACGAGGAUCUGGGUGCCAAGGCUGCUGCAGGACAGGCUCGUGAGCUCCCGCUUCCUCCCACGGACAAGGGAUCUCUUGAUGAUACCAAGCCCUUGGCGAGCAAUGCGCCUCUUUCGGACAAGGGCGCCUUUGACAAUGCGGCGCCUUUAAGCGACAAGAAUGAAUUUACGGAACCCAUUGCGGCAACGCAGCCUGUGGGCAAUAUCAAUGACGGAAAGCCUUUGGCUAGUGAGGAUGCGACUGCUCAAGUACCUAAAGACACGCUCGAUGAAAAGCAUGGUGUGCAGGACAGCCAGCUGGACCGCACACGCGAGGCGCCGUUGGACAUGGACGAGAAGCACAAUGCUGCCGCUAUGCCAAAGCAGACUCUGUUUGAUGGCGCCAAGGAUCCCCAGGAUAUUUUCAGUGACGAGGCGCGGGUUCCUCUCGCCGACCGCCCCGCCCUGGAAAACCCCCUUGAUGACCUUCCUGUCACGAAAGAGGCCCUUUCCAAUGAGCCGGCCGCAGACGUCCCUGUCCAGACACAGUGGCCCGAGACGCCCAAGGACGUGCCGAGUAUGGGUGCGCCCAGUGAGGCUACGAUGCCCUUGGCUGAUACGGCCCGGGCUUCCGAGGCAUGGAAUGAGGCGCCUGCCUCUGGUGCCGAGCAGUUCCAGGCCACGCCUUUGAUGGCUACAGCGUCUGCCACAGACUCCACCGAGCGUGAUGCACCAACGAACACCCCUGGGAUGCUUGAGUCGUCUGAGGCGUCGGGCACGGUCGAGCCGGCUGUCGAUGCGUCUGUGCCCGCCGUGGAACCCCAGCCUGCCGCGGCGCAGCCUCACGUACCUCCUAUGAGUGACGCGACACACGCGCGUGCUCACUGGGACUCGGCAGCGGACAUGGACAAGGCUGUCCUCGGCGCAGCGCCUGGCGCGGAUGUAUCAGAAGACGAGACGCCUGUCGCGGCCAAAGUUAUUGGCCCGCCGAGCUCGCAUGCUGCCGAGGACCUCUUGCACAGCCUCGAGCGACCGCGUGCCCGGGAUGUGCGUCACAUGUCCUCCGGUGCGACGGCCGAAGAGGAGCGCGUUGCAGUGCACCAAACUCUCGAUCGCUUUAGUGCACUGGAGCCACCGCUUGCUGCCAGCGAGGUGACCGAGACGCACGACGAACACUCCGACGCGCCACGCUCCCAUGCCCGAGAUGCGCGCCCCAUGUCGGCCGGUGCGACGGCCGAAGAGGAGCGCGUUGCUGUGCAUCAGAUGCUUGAUCGCUUUAGUGCACUUGAACCGCCGCUUUCUUCUAACGAGGUGGCUGAAGGACACGACGAACACCUCGGCACACCAAGCUCACCUGCUGCACAGGAUACACGUCACAUGUCGGCUGGUGCGACGGCCGAAGAGGAGCGCGUUGCUGUGCACCAAACUCUCGAUCGUUUUAGUGCACUGGAGCCGCCGCUUGCUGCCAGCGAGGUGGACCUGCCGCGUGACGAGCACUCGGGCGAGCUUCCCUUGCCCGACUUGAACGACGUAUCGAGCGAGUCGCAGCGGAUCGCAGAGCACCAAGUAAUCGACCGCUUCAGUGCCCUCAAUCCUCCGCUGCGUGUGUCGUCAGAGCGCCUCGGUGGUGCAGAGAGGAACGCGGCGAGGAUUGCAUCGGAACGCGGCGCACUGCAUACUAAGACGUUGCCACACGCGCCGCGCGACCCUACCGAGAGCCACGAUACGCCCAAAGCACCUGCCACAAGCACCCUGCCCUCCGCCUCGGUGCUGCCUCACGACGAAUCGAGUGGCGACGAUGAGCCGGACGACGGCGUGCCCGACCUGUGGGUCUCGGGUGUGCCUGGUACGUCGCAGGCCUUUGCGCAAUCGCAUGUGGCUGGCCACCGCUCGGGCACUGACUGGGACUGGGAUGCGCCAACCAGCGAGACGUCGGGCUCGCUGCACGACGUCCCACACCCUGAAAGCACGUCCCAUGCGCCGACGUAUGGCAUCUCGCACAGUGACCCUGCGUCGUUGCCUGGCGACGACACGGUGUCUGAGUACUCGGAGGAUGCUGCACAUAUGACGGCCAUUUCCGAGCGCGAUAGUGUUGCGCCGUCCGAUUCAGAUGCAACGCUGCGCAAGGUCGAUGCGCCGUCGAGCGUAGAGGCCACGCCGCGCGUUGAGACCGAGCCGGCGCCUACUCCAAGCCUGGCCGAAGAGCGUGCACAGACGCCUGUCGCUGUGCCGGUGCCCAAAGGCCCAUCCGAUGCACAGCCCGAAGCAUCAGAGGACGGCCUCGCACGUACGCCGCCGAGCGCGUCGCACAAGACGUUUGCAGAUGAUGCUGCCCCUAAAGGCCUGCUGUCAACGCCGCGCGGCACUCGCAGCCCAGGCCGCGCUGGUACGAGCCCGAGCCUCCGUGCAUCGCGUCCGCCACCGACGCCCGAGCAGGCCGUGCCACGGUUCUUGCUGGACACAAAGGCCAAGGAGCCGCCCUCAGAGCCUGUGCAGGCUCCGGCCGGCACGCUGGGCGAGUCGCCUAUGCAAGACGACUGGAACAUGCUGCAAGCGAGCAAGGAGCAAGGCGAGCGUACUCUUCCGCAUGAGCCGAGCGAGUUGCCGGCGCAGACCGAGCGUGCGCUGCCGCGUGUGCCGGUCGAGAGCGAGCAAAGCGCUUUUGCUCCUGCGGCUAUCCCUGCGGAUACCCGCCUGCCGAAAUCGCGCGAGUCUCUGCUCGAAAAGGCCGCGAAAGGCAGCCCGGUGCAGGAGCCGCCAGCGGCCGAGCCGCAAGUGCCGAAUGCACCUGCCGAGCCCAGCGUGUCGAGCGCGGCCGAGCUUGGAAUGGGCCUGGCUUCAUCGCCGAGUGCGGAUGCUGCGCCCCAAGCGAGUGCGGAUGCUGCGCCCCAAGCGUCAAGCACGGUGGGUCUGGGCUCGCAUGUGCCGGGUACGGAGGAUGCUGCCUCGGCUACGGCAGCACCUCUUCCAAGCACCGGUCCUCAUUCCCAGGACCCGAGCGCUGGUCCAGAGGCCCAGGCGCGCAAUGUACCUGAGCCCAAGCCCAGGUCCCGCAGCUCGCUGCUUGAAAUGGCCGUGCUGCGUGCACGCGAAUCGAUGGCCGGUAUGUCGACCUCGCGGUCGGGCGAGACGCGCGACGCCGCUCGGCAUGACAGCGCUGCGAUGGCACCCUCCAAGUCAAACGAGCCGGUGCGUGAUGCAGCCGAGCCGAGUAGUCCGGCGGCAGUGAGCGAGCCGCGUAUGCCAGAGAGCCCGUCGGCCGCUCCGGCUGCGGCAGCGACAAGCACACGCCCUACGGGCCGCCCGUCGCUUCGUGAGCGCUUGGCGCGCCUGUCGUCCAGCGACCGUACCAAGGAGCACGCGGAGGCUGGCGAGUCGGCGGCCGACAGUGCCACGUCGCCGCGUGCGUCUGCCGGUGCGCCGCGAGGCGAGCUGCCGCCUGCGCCGGGCGGCCCCCGAGCCUUCCCAUCGGCCGCGGAGGGUGACGAGUCGGAACAGUCGUUUGCGGACCAGUCCGUUGUGGAUCGGUGGGCGGAUCGUUCCUUUGAUGCUGCGGCGCCGACCGAGGCUUCAAAGGACGAGGCUCGCUUCGACAAUGGCGCUGCAAACGUACUCGAUGCGAGUGUCUUGCCGAGCGACAAGAGCUCGGAAAAGGGUCUUGACAUUGGCCUCGACAAGGGCGGUGCCCAGUCUCUGUUUGAUUCGGCUCCCAGCAACACCUCUCUGGACAAGUCUUUCGACAAGCCGCUUGACAAGUCUUUUGGCCGUCCCCUCGACACGCCCCUUGACCAGCCCACGCUCGGCUCCACUGGCCCCACUGGCCCCACUACUCAAGAUCCCAGUCCCUCGGCCCCGGUCCCUGCUCCUUCCGCCGCCUCGGCCCCGCCGCGGCGCGCCGUGUCGGGCGCGCCGCCGCGUCGUGCGAUCCCCGACGUACGCAGCUUGUCUGCCGCACAGCCCCGGCGUACGCACCGCAAGACGCUGAGCGAGGUGAUGCGGGAAGCAGACGAGUUUUUGCAAGAGUGGAAGUAG